GAUCAUAAUACAAGUUCAAAGCGAAUUCAUAUUUAUUGAUUCACUUAGAAAGUAAUUUUGUGAAGAAGUAAAUAAUGGGUUCCCAAACACACCAGCCUCCUCAAAUUCCUGUCAUAGACCUGUCUUUAGAGGACUUGAAGCCUGGUUCAGCUUCUUGGCUUCCCACGUGCAACCAAAUUAGGCAUGCAUUAGAGGAAUAUGGUUGUUUCGUGGCAAAAUAUGAUCAACUUUCUCCACAACUUUCCACAAAAUUAUUUAGCCAAUCCAAAGAUCUGUUUGAGCUUCCAGUAGAAACCAAAAAGCAAAAUACUAGUGAUGAACCUUAUCGUGGUUAUAUCGGUCCAACCAAGUAUAUGCCACUCUACGAAAGCACGGCCAUUGAAAAAGCAACAGUGCUUGAAGAAGUUCACAAGUUCAUGAAUCUCAUGUGGCCUGAUGGAAAGGACCAAUUCUGUGAGGUUGUUGAUUCUUAUGCCAAGUUACUAGGAGCUUUGAAUGAAUUGACAGUGGAGAUGCUGUUUGAAAGCUAUGGGUUAAGAAAGCACUUUCCCUCCCUUGCUGCUUCCAAUAGCCACCUUCUUAGAUUCCUCAAAUACAAACAACCUCAAGACACCGAAACCACGACUAUAAGGUUCGCAGCACAUACAGACAUAAACUUUGCAACUAUAGUUCAUCAGAAUGAUAUUGGUGGUUUGGAGGUACAAGCAAAGGAUGGCACCUGGAUUAGCGUUGAACCCCAACCUUCACACUUUCUGAUCUUUGCUGGCCAAGGAAUGCAGGUAUGGAGCAAUGACAGAAUAAAAGCCUGCUACCAUAGAGUGAAGGUAUCAGCAGGAAACGGAGAAAGAUACUCAAUGGGGCUGUUUACUUUCAACAAUGGGGUUAUACAAGUACCUGAAGAACUGGUGGAUGAUAAACAUCCAUUGCUCUAUAAGCCAUUUGAUAGUCGUGGGUAUAUUCGUUUUUACAUUAGUUCCGAUGAAGCAGUCAAGUUAAAUAAUCCGAUAAAGGCCUUUUGCGGUGCUUGAUCACACAAACAUAAAUUAAUCAGUGUUCAAUAUAUAUAAUAAAAGGUCGAUCUUAUAAAAGAUUGACUAUAUAUAUAUAUAUAUAUUAUAUAAAUGAUGAAGGCAUAUAUCUAACGUACUUGUGUUACUGCUUUUAAAUUUGUAUUUUAAUCAUUUCCUAUUAGAUAUCUAUAUUACCCAUAUAAAAAAAAUGCAGAGCAUUUUGUCGGUAUUCACUUUGGGACUAUUUCAGCCACUUAUUCCCGGACUAUGACCUUUUCCAGAUCCAUGUAUCACAAGCUUGCUCAAUUUCUUAAGAUUUGCUAACUUAUCUAUACUUAAACGCAACUAGCUCUGUAAUGUGUUUGUGUGUGCAACUUACUAUCAAGGUUGAAACAAGGGAUCAAUAAUUGGAUGUGUUUACUCUGUACUUGAUUAACAGUUAUAUAUAUUCAUUGAAAAUUAAUUACAAUAUUUUUGUUUUUCUAA